GGCUUACCUCGAAGGUAAAUGAAGGUUUUGAAUAUUUUCCGGUGAAACUUCCGGCGAACACCACGUCUUGUUCCGGCGACCUCUCACCAAAUUGACAGCACCACUGCGUUCUCCACACUCAAGGCUAUCUCUCAGAAUGAAUUUGAUGAAGAAUGGUGAAGAAAUGGUGAAGUUGGGUUUCUUAUAUAGUAAAAGAAUGGAGGAAGAGGCCAAGUAAGAGGUCUGAACCAUUAAGAGCUAGUAUAUUGCUUAACUAUUCAGAGGCAAAUGUCUGAUCAAUUCAGAUAACAGCUCUUAACCAUUCAGACUCUGUAUAAUACUUAACCAUUCAGAGGCAAAUCUCUUAACCAUUCAGACAUCUGAACCAUUAAGAGGCUGAAACAAACAAUGGCUGGAGCUUACGUGCCACCACCGCCGCCACCAGUGGCAGUGGUCACCAUCGAGAAGCUCUGGAAGAAUGGAGCUGAGGAAUUCUUGGGCGAUCAAAUCGCCGACCCCAUGAUUGCCAAACGGUGGUUUGAGCAAACAAUCCGAGUGUUGGGGAACCUGAGGGUUCCACAGGAGCAGUAUGGCGACCUUGCAGUCGCAUUACUUCAGGAUUCCGCCUACGACUGGUGGAAACGUGUGGGCGCAGACGUCCCGGAGCCCGUGCAGUGGGCCACAUUUGACCGACUCUUCCACGAAGAGUACAUCCCUGAGCACUUCGUCGAGGCGAAGCGGGAAGAGUUUUUGAAGUUCACCCAGGGUGAAUUCACACUGCCUGAGUAUCGUCAGAUGUUUGACGAGCUCGCGGGGUUUGGGCAAGACCUCGUACCGACCGUGGAGAAGCGAUGCAAAUGCUUCGUGGAGGGUUUACGUCCCGACCUUUUGACCCAUCUGAUCAUUGCUCCCCGGAGUGACAUCAACGCGUUGUACAAGAAUGCGUUGGAUUUGAAUGCGGCCCUCAUCAAGAAGGCUGAGUAUGAGCAGACGCUACGAGCGUCAACGGCACCAUCUCGUCCUCCUCCACCCCAGAAGGCGGGGACCAGCAGCAAGAGGCACCCAGGAGAGUGUUGGUACACUCUUGGCCUGUGCCUUGGGUGUUGCCAGGCCGGGCAUUUCCGAAAAGAUUGUCCGAAGAAUCCGGGUGAGGCAUUCUCGACCGCACCAGCCGCUCCAGCCCCAGCAGCGCAGCCCGCCCAGAGUCAGAUGUCGACGGCAGCAUCUAGCCAGCCCAAGCGGCAGGCAUUUGGCGCUCAGGCGGGGAAGGCCCCGGCCCGCAUGGAUUGGCUCACCGCCAACCAAGUCGUUGUUGACUGUGGAGUUCAUACUGUUCGACUGAGAGCCGAAGACGGUAGUGACGUACUGAUCCAUGGUGAGCUUCUUCCGAAAGCUCCAGAAUUCAUUUCCUACAUUGAUGCUCGUCGACUCAUUCGCAAGAAGUGUGAAGCAUUCUUGUGCACAGUGCGUGACACUUGUCAGGAGGCGCCUAGUAGGGGGGACAUCCCUACGCAGCAGAUAGCCUCAGUCCAGAGCAGUGAUGAUUUCUGUAUCAAGACCGUUGAGCUCGUCUCUCAAGGAGAGAAGCCAGAUUUUGUAGUUCGGGAUGGUAUCUUGUACUAUCGGGAGCGUAUGGUUGUGCCAGCGGGGGAGUUGAGCAAAAUCUUCGAUGUGUUCCACGUGUCCAUGCUCCGGAGGUACCGAUCGGACCCUUCUCAUGUGAUUCCAGCUGAUACGGUCACACUUGAUGAGAAUCUUACGUAUGAGGAGGAGCCGGUUGAGAUUCUAGCUCGUGAGGUCCGUCAGUUAAGGAACAAAACCAUUCCGCUAGUCAAGAUUCACUCCUCAGCUUUUGCUGAGCGUGUAGUUGUUUUUGCUACACGCAGAAAUCCAAGGUUCAUGGCUACGGCGGUGGAUUUAGGAAGAGAAUUGGUAAGGAGAAAAAUAAGGCUUACAUAUGGAGGGGGCAACGUUGGCCUUCAAGGAGCUGUUUCUUCAACAAUUUAUACCAAUGGUGGUAUAGUUAGAGGCUUCAUACCAGGGUACAUAGCAGCACGACAGGUCUAUGGUCCUACAUAUGGUGCAGAGUACACUGUUUCCAGCAAUUACUACAAGUAUUUCGAGAUGAAUCAUGUGGUGGAGGCUUUCAUCAUACUUCCCGGAGGAAUUGAUACUAUGGAAGGUUUGUUCACCUUAAUUUCGUGGGCAUCUGAAGGUUUGCACAAUAAACCCAUUGGUCUCUUGAACAUUGAUGGUUAUUUUAAUAACCUAAUCAAAUUUCUAGAUGAUGCGGUGAGGCAGAACUUCAUGGCUUCAAGUCAAAGGAAACUUUUCAUUUCUUCUUUCUUCGUUGAUGAGCUUCUAGACAAACUAGAGUUUGCUAAAGCUUUUCCAGAGUUGGGUGGAGGUCAAGUGACUCGAAGAUAUUAUCUCCGCCACCUACGAAGCAAUUUCUGGAAGAAGUUUCGAAGUAAGAAGCUGUGGAACUUGAUGUACAAAGCUGUUGAGGCCCCGAACAGAAGUGAGUUUGACCAGUUGCUCCUCCGAAUAGCGUCCAAAAAUCAAGAAGCUUACAACUGGCUUAAUGCCAUUCCAAACACAUGUGGGCGUUGUCACAUAAUGAAGGUGGCGCACGUUAUGAUGCCUUUCAAUGUGGACAACAAGCAGGAGGGGCUCUAUGUGCCAACAGAUGGUGUUGUAGCCGUUGGGGGUAUUGUGGCCUUAGCUCAUGGUACCAUAAAAAAAUUGGCUGAAGAAUUCAGCAUUACAAGUAGAAUUGUAAGCAGCAUUUGGCAGGCAGUUCAAGCUCAAAUCCAAGGAGGUCAACCCAUUGUUGUAGAGUGUAAGUGGAAAGGAAACUGUGGCAGAAAAAAGAUGGCAGUGGACUUUGAAAAAAUGGCAGCUCUACCUUUCAACAGGCGCAAAAACAUGUGUGCAUUAAGCUAUGGAAUGGGGGUAUCAAAAUCCACAGUCCAUAGAUGGCUUCAGUUAAAGCAGAUUAGGAGGCAUUCAAAUACCAUAAAGGCAUUACUGUGUGAACCAGGUAAGUUGAAAAGGCUUAAAUUCUGUCUAGAGCAUAUUUCUCCCCUAUCAAUCCCCACGAACCCAACAUUUCAUGACUUUUAUGACCAUAUCCAUAUUGAUGAAAAAUGGUUUGAAAUCACAAAAAGAAGCACAACUUUCUAUGCUCUCCCUGAUGAGAUAGACCCAUACAGAAACAUUCAAAGCAAAAGUCAUAUACCCAAAAUAAUGUUCCUAGCUGCUGUUGGUAGGCCAAGGUAUGGGGAGCAUGGGGAAGUUUUGUGGGAUGGGAAAAUAGGCAUAUUCCCAUUCACAUAUGAAGCUGCAUCUCAAAGGUCAAGUAAAAAUAGGCCAGCAGGGACAAUGGAGGUCAAGGCAAUCCUAAUAAUAAAUAGGGAUGUUAUGAAAGAGAUGUUACUCAGUAAGUUACUACCAGCAAUUAAGCAAAAGUGGCCAGGUUCUUCAAGGAAUGUUAUUAUUCAGCAAGAUAAUGCAAAACCUCAUGUUGAUGUUAAUGACUCUGAUAUUUUAACAGCAGGACAUGAAGGAGACUGGAAUAUUGAAUUGAAAUUCCAGCCUCCAAACAGCCCAGACCUAAAUGUACUUGACCUUGGAUUCCUUAAAUCUAUUGACACAUUGCAAGACCAAGCUGCUCCUAGGUCUUUGGCAGACUUAGUUCUUGCUGUUACUACAGCUUUUGAAGAGCUCUCACAUGACACACUUAAUAGAGUAUUCUUAACCCUUCAAGGUGUGAUGGGUGAAGUUCUUCAAAACAAAGGGGGGAACCAGUUCAAAAUCCCUCACAUGAACAAAACAAAGAUGGCCAGAGAAGGAACACUUCCAAAGAAUUUAGGGGUCAGCCCAGAAGUGUAUACACUGCACAAGUGUACUUACAAGGGCAUAUGUGAGUACCUUUUGAUAUGGUACUUUUUUUGUUAGUGCAACAUGGGAAAGGAAGAGUACAAUGCCUCUAUGUACUUCCUAUUGACUCCUAUUGCACAAGUUUUUUGGCAGGCUAUUGACAAGUGGUGUAUCUGACUCAAUUGGAGUUCUACUUGCUUUUUUUGGGAUUUUGGGUUUUUGUAAUGCAAGUGUAGCCUGUAUAGUUAUCAAUAAUCUAGCAUCUGUAUU